CGUGAUAAAGCAAGACUGCGUCUGACGCAGAAGGCCUAAACGCGGGCAUUAUAUUUCUGUAUUCUUACAUAUCUGUUGUUUAAUAGAGUACACACGGUUAAUAAUUGUUUGUAGCCGGAUACAUUAGUCUGAGUGCACUAUGACACUUCUCCUGUUUGCAAGCUUCAUUUAAGAUAGCUUGCUUAUUAGCUUGUUAGCUGCUAACAAAGAGACGCGGAAGUUAUUUAAACAUCGCUAAGUAGAGAUCAAAUGUGAGUGUAAAGUGUUGUGAUUGGGUGAAAAUGUGCGAUAGAACGAUGGCAGAGUAUGAGGAGGAACUUUGUCCAACAAAAGAGGCGAACGAGCGACAACAUCAACUGCUGGAUGUUUAUUAUAAGAAACAUCAUCAAGUUGUGUUACACAGACCAGACGUCUGUGAAGAACAACUUCUGCCUGAAAAACAGGAGUGUAGCUUCAGGAUGGUGAAGGAGGAUCCAUCAAAGAGGAAGACCAGGUGCCACGGACCCUCUGGCGUAUCCUUUUCCUCUUUGACACAGACCCUUCCCUGUAAAAAGGAAGAGAAAGACUCACUGACCCCCCACAUUAAAGAUGAAGAGGAGGAACACCGCAUCAGUCGGGAGGGAGAUCAUCAUGAAGGACUGGUGGAGUUCCCAGUGACUGGUGUCCCUGUAAAGAGUGAAGAUGAUGAGGUCAAAGGUGAAAGUGAGGAGAAGAGAGAGGCGGAGCCUCCAAGCAGCAGCGCAACACAACACAUGACAACAGAAACUGAUGGAGACCACUGUGGAGGAUCACAAGCAGACAAGCUCUUAGCUCCACUAUCAGAUAGUGACGACACAACGUCACACUCUCCUGACACUGAUGAUGAAGACUCUAAAGAUGAUAAGACAUGUCACACUGACAACACUCACUUGAAAUGUUCUCACUGUGACAAAACAUUUAAAAACCAUAGUCUUCUGAAAACACACAUGAGAACACACACUGGUGAAAAACAUUUUGCUUGUUCAAUCUGUGGCUUAUCUUUUACAAGGAGGGAAAAUAUGAAAGAGCACACAAGAACACAUAAAGGAGAAAAAACGUUUUCGUGUUCUGUGUGUGAUACAAGGUAUGCACGAAGUCAAGGUUUGAAAGAACACCUGAAAAGACACACAGGGGAAAACCUUUUUAAGUGUUCUGUGUGUAAUUCAAGUUUUGUCCAAGGUGAACAUUUGAAAAGACACAUGAGAACACACACAGGAGAAAAACCCUUUACCUGUUCACUCUGUAGUAAAGGUUUUGCGCAAAGUCAAAAUUUGAAAGUACACAUGAGAACACACACGGGUGAAAAACCUUUUUCCUGUUCAACCUGUGGCUCAUCUUUUGCAAGGAAUGAAUAUUUGAAAGUGCACAUGAGAACACACACUGGUGAAAAACCUUUUUCCUGUCCAGUCUGUGGUAAAGGUUUUACAAAAAAAAAUGUGUUAAACGAACACAUGCCAACACACACUGGAAAAAAACCUUUCACCUGUUCAAUAUGUGGUAAAAGUUUUACACACAGUCAGAGUUUGAAAAAACACACAAUUUUACACACCGGUGAAAAACAUUUUAUCUGUUCAAUCUGUAGUAAAGGUUUUGCGCAAAGUAACAAUUUGAAAGUACACAUGAGAACACACACUGGUGAAAAACCUUUUACCUGUUUAGUCUGUGGUAAAGGUUUUACAGAAAGUCAAAAUUUAAAAAAACACACGAGAACACACACUGGCGAAAAAUCACAUUCCUGUUCAAUCUGCAACAGAGGCUUUUGUGAACGAUCAACCCUUAGAACACACAUGAGAACACACCCAGGAGAGAAAGUGUUGAGUUGCAGUGUGUGUGGUGAAAGAUUCUCUUAUAAGUACCAGUGUAAGAAACACAAGUGUGCUGGUGAGAACAGCAGCAGCAAAUGAAACGUCAGGAUUUGAAAUAAACUGUCAAAACUUUAAUUUUAACUUUCUAACAACAUCAGCACAUAAAACAUUUGUGACAUUGUUGUUUGUGUAACAAUCUUUUAAUAUGCUUACACAUUUAUAGAUUAGUUAUUUUGUAUUAGUGUUUUUUUAACCCGAGUACGUGCAAAGCCAUUUAUCAACAACACCCAGAAACGCUGCUGGCUUUGCAGGGCCCAAGCUCUUCUCAGAUGGACUGAUGCAAAGUGGAAAAGUGUUCUGUGGUCUGACGAGUCCACAUUCAAAUUGUUUUUGGAAACUGUGGACGUUGUGUCCUCCGGACCAAAGAGGAAAAGAACCAUCCGGAUUGUUAUAGGCGCAAGGUUCAAAAGCCAGCAUCUGUGAUAGUAUGGGGGUGUAUUAGUGCCCAAGGCAUGGGUAACUUACACAUCUGUGAAGGCACCAUUAAUGCUGAAAGGUACAUACAGGUUUUGGAGCAACAUAUGGUGCCAUCCAAGCAACGUCAUUUUCAUGUACGCCCCUGCUUAUUUCAGCAAGACAAUGCCGAGCCACAUUCUGCACGUGUUAAAACAGCGUGGCUUCGUAGUAAAAGAGUGCAGGUGCCAGACUAGCCUGCCUGUAAUCGAGACCUGUCUCCCAUUAAAAAUGUGUGGCACAUUAUGAAACCUAAAAUACCACAACAAAGACCCCAGACUGUUGAACAACUUAAGCUGUACAUCAAGCAAGAAUGGGAAAUAAUUCCACCUGAAAAGCUUAAAAAAUUGGUCUCCUCAGUUCCCAAACAUUUACUGAGUGUUGUUAAAAGGAAAGGCCAUGUAACACAGUGGUAAAAAUGCCCCUGUUUUGCAAUGUGUUGCUGACAUUAAAUUAUAAGUUCGUGAUUAUUUGCAAAAAAGUUAAUAAGUUUCCCAGUUCGAACAUUAACUAUCUUGUCUUUGCAGUCUAUUCAAUUGAAUAUAAAUUGAAAAGGAUUUGCAAAUCAUUGUAUUCACUUUUUAUUUACCAUUUACACAACGUGCCAACUUCACUAGUUUUGGGUUUUUUAGAUUCUUAAUACAAUUUUAGACGUAAUCAUAAUAGUGUUGUGUAUAGGUGUUUGAAAUAUUGAAGUGUGACAUAUAUUUAUUUCUAAUUGUUAAUAAUCCCAUAGAUUAGCACCUUUAUAUGAUAUACAUAUGUACUGGUUCACACCUGAAGAAUCUUCUGGACCGCUUCAGAAAGCAUAUUAUUAUUUACUUUAUACAUCAUUUGAACAGUUGUCUUUUAUACAAUUCCAAAAUAUGUGACUCUAUGAAUCAUUUAUUGGGUUUCUAAAAUCAAUUGUGUUAAUCAUCUUUAUUACUCUCUUUUGUAAUAUGAUUAUUGUGUUGUAAUUGUUUUAUAUGUAUGUCCCCAGACAUGAGAGAAAAUGGCUGAACUAUUUGUGGAAGGAUGGUUUUAUUUUUACAAAUUUACAUUUGUUGAUUAAAAUAAAAAAAUCCCCAUUAUUGUGUUUUAAA